AUGAAGCCACGUUGGUAUAACUGCAAUGGGCACUGUCCUAUAAAGUGCAACCCUUGGAUCUACUGGAUCCUCACUGCUGUGUCCGCUGCCAUCUGCAUUGUCGCCAUCAUCUUUGCUAUCUUGGUCAAGACCACCUAUGAGGGUCAGUACACCAGCGGUGUUGAUGGUAUGCGCUUUAUAGAUAAUACCUAUCAGACAACUGAUUGCUCUAAUAUGUUCGUGGGUGAUGCUACUUGCCCUGGACUGGCCUAUCAGGCCUGGCUCAUGAACUCGACUGAGGCCAGAGAUGAGUGUUUAUCGUCGAAAACACCAUCUAAUGCUGCAACUGCGGCCUCAUCUGGUUGGUGUGAUGCUUCCAAAGACGGCUGUUCGAAGCCGGACAUGUGCCUCAAGGGGAUGCCCUAUGACUUCUACGCCUUCAACGUUACUAACCCUGCCGAGGUCCUCAAGGAUGGGGCCAAGCCCAUUGUGCAGGAGCUACGCCCUAUUCACGCUGCUCAGACUCAAGAGCGUAUCGAGGCCUCGGUUGAUGUCGAUAAGUGGAAUAAGGAGGGUAUUGCCCACUGGAAUGAGACCAACACUUUCGUCUUUGCCGAUAAGGAUGAGACCAAUCUUUUGCAGGAGAAGGUGGUCGUCCCCAACCUCGCUCUUCUGAGUACCGUCACUGAGAUGGGCCAAACUGUGAACACUAUGGACAUGCUACAGAUGCUUGGCACUUGUGGUACCUACCAACAGUUGGCUAACACGGUUAUGGGUAUGAUGAAAUUGGCUCCAGCUGUGAUAUCUAAUCUUAUCACAACUAAGUUCGGCA